AUUUUCGGGGUACUUGGACUACAUGGACAGACCCUUUGACACAAAUUGCUUCAGGAGGAAUCCCAAACUCAUGAAACUUGGCGAAGACAUUACUCUUCCGGGCAUGGAGGUCGGACUCCUGACAAUGAAGAAAGGGGAGCUGGCAAGAUUUCUCUUCAAGCCAAAUUACGCUUUCGGAGCCUUGGGCUGCCCUCCCUUGAUCCCUCCUGAUGCCACAGUCUUGUUCGAGGUGGAGCUUUUGGACUUUCUGGACUCAGCGGAAUCUGACCAAUUCUUCGACCUGACUCCUGAGCAACAGGACAGAUUCCCACUGCAGAAAGUGCUGAAGGUAGCAGAAACGGAGCGCGAAUUUGGCAAUUACCUCUUCCGCCAGAAGCACUACAUGGAUGCCAGAGUAAGGUACAAGCGGGCCUCCUCCAUCUUGCAACGUGUGAGCGCCAAGGAAGCUGAACAAGUCAAGGUUGACGCCGCCAAACUCCUGGUCUUCUUGAACUUGUCAUUUGUUUGCCUGAAGCUGGAUCGCCCAGCCCGGGCGCUUGCCUAUGGAGAGAAGGCCCUGGAGCUAGAUGAGAAGAAUGCCAAAGCUCUCUUCAGGUGUGGCCAGGCGUGCCUGUCCCUGACAGAGUAUGAGAGAGCACGGGAUUUUCUGGUGAAAGCGCAGAAAGAGCAGCCUUUCAACCAUGAUAUUAAUAAUGAGUUGAAAAAGCUGGCCAGCUGUUACAGAGAUUACGUGGUGAAGGAGAAGGAAAUGUGCUCCAGGAUGUUCGCCCCUCGCAGCUCCCCUUCGGCCGGCGUGAAGGACCCAGCUAUGCAGAAGAAAGGAACUGAUCUGUAAUGGAGAAAAGCCCACUUCAAAACACUCAGCAACGGGGGCCUUGGUUUUGGAAGCCCUGCUUCAUUUGGAGUACUCUGAACU